UCUGCAUAACAAAAAAAAAAAAAAAAAAAAAAGAAGAAGAAGAAGAAAAAGACGGAGCUUGCACAGAGCAAAGAAGCAGAGAAGAAGAAGAAGAAAGCUUUUUCUUCUUCUUCUCCCUCUCUCUCUGCAAUGCAACCACAGCUCCUCCAUCAAACCAUCCCGAUGCCGACGAUGGCGACGAUGACUCUAUCUGGAGAAGAUCUGUCCAUCCUCUCCUCAUCUUCCACUUCCAUCGACGACGAGGCCGUCACCAAGGCUCUUCUCCCUCGGAUCCCCAGCUUCAGCAAUAACCAUCAGCGUCGCAGGCGCGUCGCCAGCGACGGAUCCCUCCCCGCCUUCCGUUACCGCCAGCCGUCCUUCAGCCGCGACGUUGGGCGCGCUGCCGCCGAGACGUACCUGCUCACCCGUCUCAGUUUCAGGCUUCUCCGAUACCUUGGGGUAGGCUACAGGUGGAUUACAAAGUUUCUUGCCCUUGGUUGUUACGCAAUGUUACUAAUGCCAGGUUUUCUACAAGUUGGAUACUACUAUUUCUUCUCAAGUCAGGUCCGCAGGAGUGUAGUUUAUGGAGACCAGCCAAGAAACAGACUUGAUCUAUAUUUACCGACAAAUAUUAAUGAGCCAAAACCAGUUGUGGCAUUUGUAACUGGAGGAGCCUGGAUCAUCGGGUACAAAGCAUGGGGUGCUCUUUUGGGGAAACAGUUAGCAGAAAGAGAUAUCAUUGUCGCAUGCAUUGAUUACAGAAAUUUUCCUCAGGGAACCAUCAGUGAUAUGGUGAAGGAUGCAUCUCAAGGAAUCUCGUUUGUAUGCAAUAAUAUUGCUGAAUAUGGAGGUGACCCUAACAGGGUCUAUUUGAUGGGACAAUCUGCGGGUGCACAUAUUGCUGCUUGUGCUCUGUUAGAUCAGGCAAUUAAAGAAUGUGGAGAAGGAGAUGAAACUAAUUGGAGUGUUUCUCAGAUAAAAGCUUAUUUCGGUAUAUCUGGCGGGUACAACAUACCGAGUUUAGUUGAACAUUUCCAUAGACGAGGUCUAUAUCGUUCCAUCUUUCUCAGCAUAAUGGAAGGGGAGCAAUCCUUGGAUCGUUAUUCUCCUGAAAGUAUGGUGCGGAAAGCAAGUAUCAGACAUGCGGCUUCGCUCCUGCCUCGUAUUAUCCUUUUCCAUGGAACUGCAGAUUCUUCAAUACCAUCAGACGCCAGUAAGGAUUUCACUGAUGCUCUUCGGGGAGCUGGAGUUCAAGUCGAUUUAAUUUUGUAUGAAGGCAAAACUCAUACAGAUUUGUUUCUUCAGGAUCCUCUGAGAGGUGGUAAAGAUGAGCUGCUCGAAGAUAUAAUUGCAGUCAUCCAUGCUGGCGAUGAAGUGGCCCUUGCCAACGAUGCAAGGGCGCCUCCAAGGCGGCGCCUCGUUCCCGAAUUCAUGCUGAAGAUGGCUCAUGAUGUGAGCCCAUUUUAAACAUCUUGGGCUUCUGGGAUUUAUCCCAAUUGAGAGCGCCCCGGAAUGUUUGCUUCAAUUUGUUGUUGUUGUUGGUGGUGGCGGCGGCGGUGCUGCUAUUAGUCUUGUUUGUUCAAUCUCUUCACAUUUGUAUAUUUUAUGUUGUGAAUUCCAGCAAUUUCUCAUUAUAGGCUUUUUAAAUGUGGAAAUUUUUGCUCCUUUAAGAAAUGAUGGUCCACUCAUCAGGACGGCUACACCCUCUAAAUCAAUGGACAGAUGAUGGCAUUGCUUUCUGGCA